AUGUGGAAACGCUUCCCGGAGGUGAUAAGCUUCGACAACACUUACAACACAAAUCGCUUCAAGCUCCCGCUCUUCCAGGCGACGGGUCAAACUUGCCUCAAGUCGGUCUACAACGCUGCCUUCGGCUUGAUCGAUAACGAAAGGCGUGAAGGCUUCCAAUUCCUCGCUGAAGGGAUUAGGCAGUUGGUUGAGAGGCAUGGAAUUCAACUACCCAACGUUGUGAUCACGGACUUCGACCAACAGAUGAAGGCGGCACUGGAAGAUCAGUUUCAGACGCUCAACAACAGCUUUCGCAAGUGGAAGCACGCCAAGGAAGACAGCGACGAGACAAAGGAAGACUACGAGAAGGUUUGGGUGCGCUUAUGCGACGAGUUCGAUGACCAGGAGGCCAUUCUGAUCUACCUUUAUAAUACCUACUUGCCCCUGAGCCCGCAAUGGUCUCAGUGCUUCAUCAAAAAGCAUCGUAACUUCGGUAUUCGCGUCACGUCUGGCACGGAGGCAAGCAACAAUAACGUCAAGAGCUAUCUGCUCAAUGGAAUGAACCAUCUAUUUGGGCUCAUCGAGGCGAUAGAGGGCAUGUUGGGUGAUCAGGAACGAGAUUUUAUCGACAAUUGUGCACAAGAUGAAGUUUUAACCACGCGUACCUACUCUAGCCCUGGUUCUGAGUACCUGGGCGAGCUCCGCAUGACUGCAUCUCAACAGGGCUUAAUCUCAUAG